CUAAUUUACAAUACAAAUAAAGAAUUGUGAAACAAUGGACUUGAAACAUAAAUUGAAGAAAAACGAGAAGACUGAACUAAUGAAAGAGAAUGAUCCCGUUCUGAAGGUAGUAUUGAAAGGACAUCGAAAACCCAUAUCAGAUAUAAGUUUCUUCCCUGACGUUGCUUCAAAUCAAUUUGCGACUGGAAGUGAAGAUGGGACCAUGAUGAUUUGGGACACUGCUGACAAUACCCGCAGCUAUAAUUACAUUGGACAUUCGAAUGCGGUUACGGGUGUAGAAUACUCCCCGGACGGCAGGAUUCUGGGAUCGUGUUCAGUGGAUCAUACUGUACGAUUUUGGGCUCCUAGAGUAAACGGAGAUUGCUCCGAAUUUAAAGCGCAUUUGUCGCCAAUUCAUUGUUUGAAUUUCUCUGAGGACUGUUCUAAACUCAUCACCGGUGCAAGGGAUAAAGCGAUCAAAAUGUGGGAUGUUUCAACUAAACAUUUCAUAUCUUCGUUCCUGGGUCAUAACCAUUGGGUUAAAACUGCAAAGUUUUUCCCGGAUGGAAGAGUAAUUGCAUCUGGGGCUGAUGAUAGAACUUUGAGAUUAUGGGACGUUUUGUCAGGGAAGUGUAUUCACAGUUUUGUGAGCCAAGAUGGUAAUCCAGUCCAUGUAGCACCGUACCCUAACAACAAUUCAGUAGCUGUUGCUAUGAGUUCCGGAGCUGUUAGAAUUUAUGAGUUGAGAACAAGAAAAUUGCAGCAACAUUACGUUUUACACACGGAUACAACAUAUGUGUCUUGGCAUCCACACGAAAAUUAUCUCUUGACUUGUGGUAAAGAUGGAAAAGUAAGAAUUGUUGAUGUCGAAGAAGGUAGACCGAUUUAUACGCUUGGGGGACAUGAUGGGGAAGUCACUUGUGCUAAGUUCAGUGCUAACGGAGAGUAUUUUGCUACUGGUGGAGGUGAUAAUCUGGUUAUGGUCUGGAAAACUAAUUUUAUUGAUAGUUGAAUCUAUUCAUUUUUGCUGUAUUACUUGGUUAAAAGUGUUGUUAUUUUUUAUCAAUGCAAAUAUUAAUUUCGUCAAUGUCCUCAAAGUUUUCUUGAUGAAAAUUUUGGUUGGUUUUGGAUGUGAUAUAAUUCCAGUGACUUUUUGGACUGUUUUUUUAUUGCUUGUACAUUUUGCAUUACAUGUAUACUUUUAUUUAAUGUUUUUAUAGUUGAUUAAAUUUUUUCAUUGGUAGCAUUUCCCAUGUUCUGUAUAAAAAUCUGAUUAUUGAUAAAUAUUGGGACGUGAAAAACUUUCAUCAUCUUUUACACAAUUGUAAAUACAAAAUGAUCAAAUACAA